GAGUAACAGCGGUCUGGCUGUUGCAUCAACAACACAUAGCUGGACAUGAUUCCCGGCAGUCUGCGUGGCGUGCUGGAUGUCAGCAACACAACCUGGGCUCUGUCGGAGCACUCCGUGCUGCAGCCCAUGUGGGAUUACCUUCAGCAGAAUCACGAGAGCACCUUGCGCUCUCCGCUGUUUCCCGUCAUCAUCUCAGUGUCCAUGUACCUGGUGCUAGUGUUCUUCUACACCGUGCUGGACCUGCUAGCUCCCACCUGGCCCUCCAUCCGACGCUUCCAGAUCCACCAGGACCGCACCGUCACCUGGUCCAACAUCGGCUCCACUUUGGCGCUCACCACGUACAACCAUCUGCUCUACAUCAUCUUCCCCGCCGCCAUAGCCCAGUGGCUCUGGCGGCCGCCCGUGCCGCUGCCCCGCGAGGCGCCCACGCUCACCGCCUUCCUGCUGGGAAUCGUGGGCUGCACCGUGGUGUUCGACUUCCAGUACUACUUGUGGCACCUGCUGCAUCACCGUGUCGGCUGGCUCAACCGCACUUUCCACGCGCUCCACCACCAGUAUCGCCAAACCUUCAGCCUGGUUACACAAUACCUGUCCGCUUGGGAGCUCUUCAGCGUGGGCUUCUGGACCACCGUGGAUCCUUUGCUCCUCCAGUGCCACUGUCUCACCACCUGGGCAUUCAUGCUGUUCAACAUCUGGGUGUCCACUGAGGACCACUGCGGGUAUGACUUCCCUUGGGCGAUGCAUCGUCUGGUUCCCUUCGGCCUUUGGGGUGGAGCGCUGCGGCACGAUGCUCACCAUCAGCAGCCGGGCACCAACUUUGCGCCUUUCUUCGCUCACUGGGACUGGCUUGGGGGAACCGCAACCAUGCCGGCUCAUGUGAAGACAAAAACGCGAAAAGAAAGGGACGAAAAGGAAGCCUGAGGCUCUGCUUUCCCUUUCACACCCUCGCUCUCAUCUCUCUCUUCACUCCAUCUGUCCGCCCUGUCUCGCACAUUCCCCGGCGCUAUUCAUCUUCUCCCUGAACUGCAGAUCAAGUGUCUUACUAACAAACCAGUAGAGAAGCAAGCAGCACAUUCCCGGCGAAAGCACCCUGCUCUUUGAAUGUAUAAAGUAUCUUUUCUUGCAAAUCUCUCUAUUUUUCUAAAUAAUAAUAAAAAAAAACUCUUUAGCAUUUGAUGGCCAAUUUGUGGAGUUUUGUGGCAUAUCUCAGGUUUGUAGUUUUGGCCCAAUGUCUUUCAAAAAGAUUAUGCGUGUUCAAAAUGGCUUGUAUUCCAAUGCUUGUCAUUUUUAA